AUGACCAUUGAGAUCCAAGUCGACAAGCCACCCGAUGAUGCGGCCAGCCUAAAUCUACAUUUAGACCAACCACAAGUAAGCUCGCAGCCAACAUUGUCUUGUGGCACCAGCCUUAUAUCUCAGACCUCCCAGAACUCUCAGCAAGAGCCAGGUCGCUGGCCAGUGGCGUCUACCGACUGGACUUCUCAUGUACUAGGCUCCCGCUUAGCAGGAAACCAACCAUCGACACCUCGUUCCCUUGCUCCAGCUCCUACUGGGAGUAAUAAGCUCCCGACGCAAUCCUCGCCAGGGAACGCAUCCAUACCUAUUAAUCAUACUAUGGCAAACAGCUCAGCAAUCCGCGUGGCUCCAGCGAAGAGGCAAAAGACUAACGGCAGCCAAUCUCAACUGUCCGAAACCUCUGGAUCUAUAGAUUGGAAUGCACGUCUGCCCUCUGGAAAUGAGUUCACAGAAAGCCUGAAGGCCGCCUUGACUAGUUUAAAGCCACAAAUCGAGAGGCUCGAGCAGCUCCUAACAUCUAUUAACGAUGAACACUGCGGACUUGCCGCUGUUAGGCGCAGUCUCUAUUCUAGCAAAGAUAAGCUAGCGAAAGACCUGGAAAAGGCCCAGGAAUGUCUCAUCGAUGUCGAGGAAUCAACAGCCACCGAGGAAGAAAUCGUCAGAGACUUGGAAGGUGUCUAUAAGAAACACCCAGGAGACAACAAACUUCGUGCAUUCCUAGACGGGCGAAAAAAGACUGUCAUUGAAUACCAAAAGGUGUAUAUUAUCGUCAAGAGUCAGUUGGGUAAGAGUUCAGCCGAACUUUCCAAGACCGAAAGGGAGAUUCAGUCGGUGAACAGGCGGCUCGGUCAGCUUGAGGCCGAGAGAGCCGAGGUCAUGAAGGAGAAAGAGGGGGCUGAUAAGGCGAUGAAAUCUAUGAUGUUCAUGUCUCAGUUCAUGGAACGAGGCUGGCAAGCUAGUGUGGACAGUUUUGGGCAGGCUUUUGGGGAUGAAGCUGUGCAGACUGCAUUUUGA